AUGGAAUACAACUUACCUGGUGUGUUACACUUUUUACAAGCCGAGUGGAGAAAGUUUGAGCGUGAGAGAAAUGAAUGGAUAAUUGAAAAAGCAGAACUAAAGGCUCGUAUUGCCUUGUUAGAAGGAGAAAGAAGAGGUGUAGAGAAUAUCAAAAUGACAUUGAUGAAAAGAGUUAAAAUGCUGGAAUAUGCUUUAAGACAAGAAAGAAAAAGACAUAUGAGUGGGACAAAAACACCAGAAGAACAAGAGAUGCCUGUAGUUAUGACAAACCAUGUUGAUUUAGGCAAUUGUCUACAAGAAAUCAAUUAUCUUACUUCAUUACCAAGCAAACUUCCAUUGACCAAUGCAUUAGCCUCAGCAGUAACAACCAUGCCUCGUACGCCCAAUGAACGAGCCAAGAAAUCAUCCCCUCAACUUCAUACGCAACGUAAUAUCAAACCAGUCAAGAAACCCACAAAGAUGAAUGAAGAAGAAACCAUAGAUUUAGAAGUACCGGCAAAUGUGGAUGAAGUAGCCAUGAUUCAACAUAUCAAAGAAGAUAAUGAACAUGCACCUCCUACACAGCGACAAGACACAAAAGCCUUGUCUAUGCAGAUUCAAGAAGAGUUUCAUUUAUCAGAAGAUAAAGUACUCAAGAUGUUUAAGCAGACAAAGAAGGAUGAAUUGGAUCCUACCAUGCUGAAUGAAACAACAUCUCAACCCAAGAUUUGGAGACCACGCAUCACGAUUAAAGGACAUUUAGAUUCAGUAAGAAGUGUGUGUUUCCAUCCCAAUGAAAUGAUGGCUGCUUCAGGUUCAGAUGAUUGUACAGUCAAGAUUUGGAAUCUAAAGCGAGCUAUUGGUAAAGAUGACCACACAGCAAAAAAAGGUCUAGAAGAAGCAGAUCCAAGUAUCACUUUUAGAGGACAUACGAAUGUAGUGACAGCAGUCUCUAUCUCUGCCUCACAAAACCGUGUUUAUUCUGCUUCAUUAGAUUCGACCAUUCGUGUAUGGCAAUUACCCUCUGCUACUAGUGGACCCUUUUCACCUGUGGAUCCAUCUUUGAAUAUAGCAACUUAUGUGGGUCAUACAGAUGCUAUUUGGGACUUUAAACUACAACAGGAUAUAUUAGCUUCUGCAUCAGCAGAUGGUACAGUCAAACUAUGGGAUACACAGUCUAAAGGCAACUUGCUUCGAUCUUCAUUUACAUUUGAUGGUGUAUCUUCUGAAGUGAAGCACGAUAAAGUGGCACCUACUUCAUUAGACUUUAUUCCUACAGAUCCAAGCAAGAUGGCUGUGUCUUUUGCGAACGCUAAAAUACGUUUGUAUGACAUCCAAACAGGCCAAACUAUCAUGACAUUAAAGGGCAGUGAUGAUUCUUAUGACAACACAAGUGCUACUCAAAUCAACUAUAUCAUUUCACACCCUACGAUACCAAUGUUAAUAUCAGGCCACGAAGAUAGACAUAUUAAAUUUUAUGACUUGGUAUCAGGUGAAUGUAUUCAGUCUGUCUCUGGUCAUUUGGAUGCUGUGACAAGCUUAGAUAUUGAUGCGACAGGCAAUACGAUUGUCUCUGGUGGACAUGAUUCUUCUAUUCGUUUAUGGGACGUUGCUUCUAAAUCAUGUAUACAAGAAUUCUCUGCUCAUCGUAAAAAGGGAGAUGAAGGCGUACUUUCAGUUAAAUUUCAUCCUUCUUGUCCUUGGAUGAUUAGUGGUGGUGCAGAUGGUAUUGUCAAAAUACAGUGUUAUUCAGAAUAA